CGACUCCAAAUGAACGUCAUGUCUGUGCUCCAGCGCGUCAUCCAUCCUCAGCACCUGGAACGUAAUGCAUAUAAAUGGCGUGAAGCAAUCUCCAUUACCACCAUCUCUCUUCCGUAGAUCGCAGUCAUGACCACCAAUCAAGCGAAACCGCGCAUGGCACCUCAGAUCUCAAUGGCUGCUUUGCCUACUCCGACGCAUGAAUGGGCACAGGACGUUUCUGGCGUCCUUGCAUCGCAUCGCACGCGCACCCCCGGCACACCACCUGUCCCUGGCUCAUUCCCGUACGUUUCUGAGAGCGAGCGCAGCCCCUCUCCACCUACUCGGAGCGCGGAUGGGACGCAGCAGGCUUCCAUCCUUGAAACUCUUCCGGGUCAGGCGCUGGCUGCUGCAAGGGCAUAUCUCCCUCCGGGCGUUGCUGCGUACCUGCCGACGUCUUCAGAUCCUGAAUCUCCCUCUCUCCCACCGCUCCCUCAGUCUACCGGUUCAUUGACUGCCGAUUCACGACAAGAUAGCAUUCUUGUGCACACCGGUCAUACCACCUCCACCGACGGCAGUAGUGCCACUGCAGACGACUCUCGGCCCAAACCCACCCCAGGUCUCAUCCCUUCCUUCCCCGGCGCCGGCGAGUCGCGCUUCGUUGAAUCUCCUCAGGGUAGCGUCAACUCGAUCCCCCGUCUGCCCGCAGACUCGCUACCCGUGCGUCCGCAGCUGCCUACCGACGUAGAGAGCGGCUACGCUGCAUCCAUGUCGUCUGCGGCAUCCGGUCCCCCACCAUCCCUCGACUCUUUCAGCACCUUGAGCUCCGAGACGCCGCCGACACCGACGGGUCCAAUCUCGUCGUUUCCCGGAGCACCUGUCGCUAUACAAGGCAGCGCCUCGCUGAACUCGUCCCGUCCGCAGGACAUUUAUCCCAUCGGCGACCAUCACGAUGUUGACGAGGCCGGAAGCGCAUUCACUGUUCAGGGGAGCGCUGCGCUUAACUCGUCUCGGCUCCAAGACAACUUGCCUGUCGAAUCACCGAAGGCCAACGCAGGUCUGGGCGCGGCUGCGUUGAACUCGUCGAGACCGCAAGACAACUUCCCUACCGGCGACUUUCCCACCACGCCGAGUUCGGGGCUGCAGUCUGAUGUUGAGGACAAUGUGCCGGUUUCCGCUGUCGAGGGGUUAGGAAACGAGGAGUCUGAGGAACAGGUGUACACCAUCCAGGGUGGUGAUGCAGCAGAUGUGGGCAGAAAGCGAACGAAGAGUGGACUGAUGCAGAAGCUCAAGGACAAGAUGCACAGUAAUGGCAGCGCCUAAAGACAAUGAAGACAUUUGUAAUGUAUUAUAGUAAAUGUCCGGAUCUUGGUCUUGUGAUCAAGGAACGGGGGAGAGAGUAUGUUGACUUAUCUUUGCAACAGUGGGAGAUUAUUGACUGGG